AUGAGUAAUAUUUACAUUCAAGAACCCCCAGCACUUGGCAAAGUGUUACUCAAAACGUCAGCGGGAGAUAUAGACAUUGAGUUAUGGACAAAAGAAACCCCCAAAGCAAGUCGAAACUUUAUACAGCUAUGUAUGGAAGGAUAUUAUAAUGGUACUAUAUUUCACAGGGUGGUCCCAGGGUUUAUAGUGCAAGGCGGUGAUCCCAUUGGUAAUGGCACCGGUGGAGAAUCUGUAUAUGGUGCUCCUUUUAAGGAUGAGUUCCACUCGCGUCUACGUUUUAACAGGCGAGGUCUAGUCGCAAUGGCUAAUGCCGGUAAAGAUGAUAAUGGAUCACAAUUCUUCUUCACUUUAGCAUCUACACCGGAACUACAGAACAAACAUACUAUAUUCGGAAAAGUUACUGGUGACACCAUAUAUAAUGUGUUGAAAUUAUCAGAGGGUCUUAUAGGCUUCGAUGAUAGACCAGAGCAUCCACACAAAAUAAUAAGUACCACAGUGUUGAUCAACCCUUUCACUGAUAUCACACCCCGAGUCCAACAGAACCAAGAGAUUGAUAAACCUGCGAAGAAGAAGAAGGAGCGGCAGGGUAUCAAAAAUUUUGGUUUACUGUCAUUUGGUGAAGAAGCAGAAGAAGAAGAAGGAGAAGCUCAAGAAUACAGAGGGAAGCCAAAAUCAACUCACGAUCUUCUAGAAGAUCCUAAGUUAAGCAAAAAGACUGCCGCAGAAAUAGAAAAGGAAAGAGAAAAGCAAAAAGAAGAAUUGUCUAGUCAAGAACUAGAACAGAAGAAGGAAGAAACUGCUCAAGCGGUUAGUAAUAUAAGAGAUAAAUUGAAAAAGAGAGAUCAGAGUCCAGAAAAAGAAAAUAGAAAGAGACAAAAUCCAAAAGAGAAUAAAAAUAAAGAAAGUACAGAUGACGAGAGUGGAGAAGUUAAACGUAGGAAAGAUAGUGAGUCAGAUGGAGAAUAUUAUUUGGGGAAGGAAAAAGAUAUGGAAAGACAGAAGGAAAGAGAUCGUAUAAGGAACGAAAUAAAACAGCUCAAAAAGGAAAUGAAAGGGACAAAAGAAGUGAAAGAAGAGAAGAAAGUAGAAGCAGAAACAAAGAAGAUAGAAGAGGAUAACGAAAUGUACAAACAAUUUGUAGAUGAACAGGAGAAGUAUAAGAAGAUGAGUGAGAAGAUACCAAAGAAAGGAGCUGCUAGAAGCAGACGCACAAUGUUCACGAGAAAAAAAAAGAAAGCAUGGUCGAAGAAUUUGUACGAAAACCGCGAUUAUCCAGAUAACUAUACGGAUUCUAAAUUUCUGGAACAACUAAAAAAGAAUAUCUACGUGGAAAAAGCGACUUUGAAGGAAGGUGUAGUGGGUAAUAAUAUAUUGUGCCUCCGAUUUAGUUUUAUUAAAAAAUUCUAUCAAUUGCCUGCUUCAGUGGGUUUGUGGCUCGACUGCAAAAGACCUGGAGAGGACUUCACGUUACAAUUACUAGCGAAGUUCAAAACAAAGUUACACGCGAUCAAAGAGAAGAGUCAAACGGAUGCUGAGAAUACUGAGAAAAAAGAAGAUGAAGAAGAUAUUGACACUGAUGAUUGGAUGGGUCAUACUCUAAGAUUUGAAGAGAAGGGCGCAGUUCUUGCGAAAGAUGCAUCUUCCAAAGGAGAUGAUUGGUUCGAUAUCUACGACCCAAGAAACCCUAUUAACAAGAGAAAGAGAGAGAAAACUGAUAAAAAGAAUAAAAAA